AUGGCACCACCAAGAUCUCAUAAAACUUUUAUCAGUUUUGCAGAUCGUUUAACACCUUCAACUAUAAUAGAAUCGCUUGGUAUAUCGCCUGAAACUUUUACUCAACUUCAAAGAAAGAUCAACUUUGAUGGUCGUUGUGAAGAUGUAAUUGUUCAAUUAAUUCGUGAGAGGAUUUAUUAUGUCAUCUUGAUUGAGAAAUUUGCACAUUCAUUUGAUGGUGGUCAAAAUGGGAAAAAUGCUGAAAAAAUUGGUGAAUUGAUUGGGUUUAGUAAAUUACAGAAAAAGGAUGAAUUUAAUCAAGUUAUGAAAUUGAAAGCUGAAGAAUAUCCUGAUUUUUUCCACAAGAGUUCUAGGGAUAUUAUUGAUGUUGCUGUCUUAAAAAAAUCUUUAAAGAUUAAUAUAUUUGCAAAGUUGAAGUCAAUGGGGAAGAGAUGGUUGGGGUUUGGGCCUAAUUAUAAAACUAAGGAAUCAAGUCAUUUACAAAAUGUUUCAAAAAUGUUUCAUUAUUUAUGUUGCAUCAGGACAACGUCUCCAUUGACUAGUCGCACAAUUGGCACCAUCGUGCUUCCAAUAACACGUUUCGAACAAAUCAGGACAAUCAAAAUAACCUCUAGAAAAACCACACGGAAACCAAAGUCAAACGAGAAAACCGAAGAAAUCAAGCCAAAAGAUGAUAAACGAAUAAAAGAGGAAAGCAAAACUGAAAGAGAGGCUAAUGAAAGGCUAGACAAAAUCAACAAAAUGAAGGAAGAAUCAAUCGCUGAUAGACUAUCCCCUGCUGUUAUUCAAGAGUCAUUAGGUGUGAGCUCAGAGUUGUUCGCAGAGCUUCAAAAAAAGAUUGACUUUCAUGGAGAUCCAUUUAAUGUUAUAUCCAAGCUUGUCGAAGAGCGUGUGUUCCCAUUUACCAUGUGCUAUAGAUAUGAAAGGGCAUAUGGUGCUGAGCAUAUGGAAGGUUAUACACAAAUGACACUUUUGGAAUUUGAAGUGAUUUAUGGGAUUCUUGAAGAGCAUGAUGACGAUAUUGUGAAUACUCUCAGAUAA